AGGGACUAUAUUGAGUGAAACAGUGGAAGUUCAAGACGCGUCUUUUUCUCACGUGCAGUAAACAAAAUGGUGAAGAAGAAGAAGAAAGGAGAACACAACGGCAAGUUCAGACCUGGACUUAAAAUCACACCCGGGUCCAAAAAGAGAGAGAAUAAACGUGUUGUGAUGUUCGACGAGGAGGAACGACAGGAGUUUCUGACCGGGUUCCACAAGCGGAAGUUGGAGAGGCGGAAAGCCGCUGUACUGGAGCUCGAGAACAAAUUGAGAGAGGAGAGGAAACGAGUCCGCGAGGAGAGACAUAAAGAAUACAUAAAGAUGCUUAAAGAGAGAAGAGAGGCUCUUGAGGAGGCUGAUGAACUCGAGGAUGUGAUCACAGCCACCACGGAGUCAGUGCACUACGAUCACCCCAACCACACCGUCACCGUGACAACUAUUAGUGACCUUGACCUGUCCAGUAGUCAUCUGUUGGAGACGUUGACCAGCAGUAACACCACGGAAGGAAGGCAGAGUGAGGAUGAGAAGGAAGAUGAUGGAGAGGAUACCGUAGGAACAGUCCCACGGAAGGCAGGAAGGCCGCUACUCUCCAAAAAGAUCCAGUCUCUUUCUACCUCUCUCCACACUUUCACUAAACAGAAGAAGAGAAACAGGAAAAAAGAAUUGAGGGGACAGGGCCGUCAUGUGGAGAGGAAGUCAGCAGUUGUCCCUGGCAACAAGUUACGCUUUGGCAGAACAACAAAGAAACAGCGACGCCAGCGCACUGGCAAGAAGGGGCGGGGUCAAGACUAAAGGCCUCCGCCCCUUUGGGCCAGGACUUGCAGUAGUGUGAGCUAAUGAUUGGCUCGGGGGGCAAAAUAGAUGGACGUGGCAACGGCCUGGAACAGCCUGGAGGAACAGCCACCUGUCGUUGAACUGAAAAAGAAAAUGCUCUUUGUAGUUUUAUUGUUUAAUAUCAGGUGUCUUUGCUGUUUCUGACGGCAUCCGUAAAGCAGUCAGCCUAAAGCAGUCCUCACACCUUUGCAGAAUGCUGCUCACGUCGUGGUAUGAGCUGUGUGUGCACUCAGUGCAGGGCAGUGGCGCCCUCUGCUGGAGCAGCUGUGGUGGAGCGGAACCCUGCAGGACUGCAAGCCUCUAGCAGGGGGUGUGCAGUCUCCAGUCUGCCAUGGUGCAGUUGUGUUUUGUACUUUUUGUACUGGUUGCUGUGAAGAUUGGAAUAAAGGUAAUUUCUGUCCUGUGUUUCUGGGGCAAACA